AUGGCCACAGGGGCGCCGGGGAGCCGCGCUGGGCUUGCAGCCUCGGGCUCCCAUGGUUCACUAACGCAGCCCUGGGAGCAGCUGCGCGCAGCACUCGGCUCUCGCAGGACUUGCACCUCUAGAAACCUCGGGUCUGAGUGCCUGUACCUCCAGAUUAUAAAUAGAUCUAGCUUUUGGUUCAGAGACGCUGUGUCAAAGAAGGACACAUUGGCCUGGAGAGCGCAGAGGCGGGGAGAGGGGUGCUCGUCCGGAGGAUGGGGGAGGCGGUGCGGAGAGUUUUGCUUUUUCAGACCUGCCGAUAGUGCUGUCACCACAGUUGGUGCCAGGAAGAGGCCUCAUUUUGAAAACAAAAGCAGAAGCCGUAGAAUCAGCGGCGAGCCUGUUGAAAGAACCCACACGUGUAUUUCAAAGCACUCUGGGUGGAAAUUGGAUGUGAAAAUGAAGCCAGACCGAGAUACUCUAGAUGAAUAUUUUGAAUAUGAUGCAGAGGAGUUCUUGGUCUCCUUGGCCUUGCUAAUCACAGAAGGACGAACACCUGAAUGUUCUGUAAAAGGUCGAGUGGAAAGUUUUCAUUGCCCUCCAGCACAGUCCUGUUACCUAGUAACAACCAAACAUGAAUGUAGUGACAAACUGGCUCAGUGUCGCCAAGCCAGACGAACCAGGUCUGAGGUCACGUUGUUAUGGAAAAAGAAUCUUCCAAUCAUGGUGGAAGUAAUGCUACUGCCAGACUGCUGCUACAGUGAUGACGGGCCAACCACAGAAGGAAUUGACCUUAAUGAUCCUGCAAUUAAGCAAGAUGCAUUAUUACUGGAAAGAUGGAUCUUGGAGCCAGUUCCUCGACAGAAUGGAGAUCGGUUUAUUGAAGAGAAGACUCUUCUAUUGGCUGUCCGCUCUUUUGUGUUUUUUUCUCAGCUAAGUGCUUGGCUGAGUGUUUCUCAUGGUGCUAUUCCACGAAAUAUUCUUUACAGAAUCAGUGCUGCUGAUGUAGACCUACAGUGGAAUUUUUCCCAGACACCAAUUGAACAUGUGUUUCCUGUUCCCAAUGUUUCUCACAAUGUGGCCUUGAAAGUCAGCGUUCAGUCCUUGCCCAGACAAUCUAAUUACCCAGUUUUGACAUGUAGUAUUCACACUAAUAUUGGCCUUUAUGAGAAAAGAGUUCAAGAACAUGAACUUAAAACCCAUCAGCAUCGUAAUUCUAAUGAAGUAGAACAAUGCACAAACAAUUCACAGCGUCUGUGUAGCAAACAAACUUGGACCGUGGCACCUGAAAGUAUAUUACAUGCAAAAAAUGGCACAAAUCCAGAAUAUGCUACAGCUGUCAAAAAUGUCAAACUAUAUCCAGGCACUGGCAGUAAAUCUGACUAUGGAGCAUCUCAAGCCAAUAUUCUGGGCUUCAGUGGUGGAGACGAUGUAAAGUCACGUGAAACAUCAGUGAGAACUUUAAAAUCAUUUUCAUUAAUUGAUCCCAGUGUCUCUAGCCACCAGAAUUCCUGGCAGUCAGUUGGUGAGACUAAUCCUUUAAUAGGCUCUUUAAUUCACGAACGACAAGAUGUUAUAGCAAGAAUUGCUCAGCAUUUGAUUCAUUGUGAUCCAAGCACUUCACAUGUUUCUGGACGUCUGUGUAAUACACAAGAGUCUAGUUCACUUAAUUCAAAACUUUUCCGAGUUUCACAAGAAAGUGAUAAUGUGAGGAAAUGUAAGGAAACAUACUCCAUUUCUUUUGGUAGUCCAGAGUUUACUUCCCCAGAAGAUACCACUGGGGGAAAAAUUCGAGCAAAACCAGAAAUUCCUCGAAGUGAAACUUACAUUUCUAAUAGUCUUUAUUCUCGUCAAUCCGUUGGUGAGACUAAUCCUUUGAUAGGCUCCUUACUCCAGGAGCGGCAAGAUGUUAUUGCAAGGAUUGCUCAACACUUGGAACACAUUGAUCCAACAGUUUCACAUAUCCCUCGACAGUCAUUCAACAUGCAUGACUCCAGAUUGUUUCCUUCUAAAGUGUUUAAGAGUUCAUAUGAAGACAAAAAUUUGUUGAAGAAAAACAAAGAUGAUGUCGCAAUUUCCAUUUCUAAUCCAAAAUUUUCCUUGUUAGAAGACAGCAGUGAAGGAAAAAACCUAAUACCUGAUAAUUCUUUUAGUUCAUUUAAAUGUAAUAGUAAAGAGAAGUUCUCUUCCAAAGCUCAAAUGAGAAGAAAUCAGCCUCAGGAAAAUCCUAGUGAAAUCAUCCAAAGUACAUUUCAGGAGACAGAGAAUAAAGCUACUAAUUUAUUGACUUCUUCUUAUAUGUCUCCUUGCAAAGAACAUAACUUAGAUUUGACGAGCAGAUUGGAAAGUGCAGUUUCUGGAUGUCAAUUUAAAGAGCAAGACAUUAACAAUGGAAUUGAUAAACAGUAUUCAAAUUGGAACAGUAUUUGCACACAUAAAAAUAAGGAAAAAAUAGUAAAAAAUGAAAAUUAUAAUCCAAAAUCUUUUAAAAAUCACCAAAUUGACUCUAAAAUAAAAGUCACUAUGCUGGAAAUGUCUGCAUAUCUGCACAAACAUGAAAAGUGCUCAAAUAAAGACUCAAAAAGACCUAAGACAUCUGAGAAAAAUACUCAACUUAAUAGUAUAGAAAAUUAUUGCAAUAAAGACAAUGAAGGUUUCAAAUGCAAAAAUCCAGACCGAUUAAAAAUUGAACAGUGUAAGAGCGAAGACACAUUUGAUAACAAAUCUCGAAACUGUUCUCAGAGAAAGGGUAUAAAAGAUUGUUUGUCUACGUGUGAACUACUGAAAAAUACAGAGGCACUGAAAACUAUACCACUGAAACACUCAAAUGCCUGGCGAAAAUAUAAUUGUCAUUCCUUGGAUGGAACUUCAACCAGGGCCUUCCAUCCUCAAACUGGAUUGCCUCUACUUUCAAGUCCUGUUCCUCAAAGAAAAGCACAGUCAGGUUGCUUUGAUCUGGAUUCUUCAUUAUUGCAUCUGAAAAGCUUAUCCUCUAGAAGUCCUCAGCCAUGUUUAAAUAUUGAAGAUGAUCCAGAUAUUCUUGAAAAACCAUUUCUGAGUUCUAGUGCUCCACCUGUAACAAGUCUUAGUCUCCUAGGAAAUUUUGAGGAAUCUGUCUUGAACUAUCGUUUAGAUCCUCUCGGCAUUGUUGAUGGUUUCACUGCCGAGGUAGGGGCAAGUGGUGUUUUCUGCCCUACGCAUUUGACUCUUCCAGUUGAAGUGUCAUUCUACAGUGUUUCAGACGAUAAUGCUCCCUCUCCUUACAUGGGUGUGAUUACUUUAGAGUCCCUUGGUAAAAGGGGUUAUCGCGUACCUCCUUCAGGAACAAUACAAGUGACCUUAUUUAAUCCUAAUAAGACUGUGGUGAAGAUGUUUGUUGUGAUAUAUGACUUGCGAGAUAUGCCAGCUAAUCAUCAGACAUUCCUCCGACAAAGAACUUUCUCUGUACCUGUUAAACAAGAAAUGAAGAGAAGUGUUAAUAAGGAGAACAUCCAACAUGCAGAAGAACGGUUAUUACGCUACCUCAUACAUCUGAGGUUCCAGAGUUCUAAAUCUGGAAAGAUCUACCUCCACAGAGAUGUACGGCUCCUGUUCUCUAGAAAGUCAAUGGAAGUUGAUAGCGGUGCUGCAUAUGAACUCAAAUCUUAUACUGAAUCGCCAACAAACCCUCAGUUUUCACCAAGAUGUUAAUAAGAAGUGACAGUUGAAGUAUUUGCUCAGUACCUAAGUUUGAAAGUAAAAAUUAGCAUAGAACGGAGUGUACCAAAUUAACAUCCAGGAGAGUGGAUCCUCUCCUGUUGUCCUGGACCAGUUUUUAUGAAGGGAUUUCUGGAAUGAGAUCCGAAUAUUCCAAGUAGACUGGAACUACUCACGUCCUAGUCCUUUUUGUACUGUUGAAACCACUUCAUUGGACAUGUUGCAAUAGCAGAACCCCCAAUUAGAUUAGUGUUUACACAUUUUAUUUCUCAGUUAUUUAAUAUUUAAUGUUCCCCUUAAUACUCAAGUGAUGUUUGUCUCUAGUGUUCUAAUGUAGCACAAAUCCUAUGUAAAAUCAUACUAUGUAUUUUUGACAUUAACGUUGAAAUCUAAAAUAUAUGCACAAGUCUUUAAUUUUGUGUGAUGUGUUUUAAGUGCUAUUCAUUUAAAUUAUUGAAAAUGAGAAUGAAAUGUUGAGCUUCUUUAAGAUUAAUGCACUAUGCAAGCAUGUGUAUCUUCAUUUUUAUGAAGUUUAGUUUUUACAAGACCCCAUCCAGGUUGCUGUCUCACAUGAUAGUCCUUCAACAUGCUGUAUUGGCAGUGCAAUGUGGACUAAGCUGCUUCACAUUCCCCUUGCAAGUUCAGAUCAUCAUACCAAUUCAUAUUCCUUCUAGGUUCCUUAAUCUCCAAAGCAGUUCUAUUUUUCCUUAAUCACUACUAUGGAGACUUUACAUUAAAUUGCUGUCCCAUGCUACAUUAGUUUCUCAAAUUGUUAAAAGAAUAUGUACUAUGAAAACAAAUUAGUAUCUAUAUUGUAAAUAUAUACAAAAAA